GGGAUGGAGACAGAACUGUGGGAAAUCCCUCUCUGCAUCAAAUCAUGCCCCUUUUGGCUGCCACUGUUUCCUGACUUGACCCUGAGAUGUCUUAGCAGCUCCCUAGAUCCCAGGGAUCUAGGCUAACAGGUGAGAGGUGCCCACAGGGGGCAGAGUGGGAGAGGGAACUGUCAUGCCAGCAGAGACCUCCCAGUUUCCCCUGCCCUAGGGCUUUUGGACCCCAGUAACAGAACCCGAUCCUGCCACAGCCAAACUUGACUCCAAAGGCCCAGCCCUGUUUGGCAGCCCCUAAGCCGAUUAUGGGUGGAGAGAAGGUGAUCAUGAGAGGGGCCAGUGGGAACAAGUCUGGGGGGGAGACUGGGCAGCAGAGAGGGAGGAAUUACUGGUCAGAAGAAGGAGAUUGGAAGAAUUGAGGAGGUCCCUUAGUUCUGAGGACGACGGGGGUUGCCUGAGGGCCAACAGGGUGCGAGAUCCUGCUGGGCCUGAGUGGACAUGGCCUGCAGGGGCUGCACUCGACCCAGGAGCCUGGCCUGGGCCCUGCGACUGAUGUUGGCAUGGAUCCUGCUGGGGGCCUGUGAAGGGAGUCACCCACUCCCAGCUAGGUCCCGGAGACACCAUAGGCUGGCAGCCGAUCUGGCCACAGGCCAGCUGCACCUGUCAGUUACCCAACCCUACCUGAGGAUCCGAGACCUCAACUCACAGGAGUCCCCUUCUCCAUGGCCCUGUUGUCCCUCAGAGAUGGACACACCAAAGGCAUCAGGCCCUGGGAUCACCCCAAAACGCUGUGAGAAGUCGAGUCUCGGGUGCGAAUCCUUCCUGGGACACCUCCAAGUUGCCCUCCCUAGUCGUUUCCGCCUGCUGCUAUUGGGGAUGCCGAUCUGCGCUGAGCUGUGCGAUUCCUGGUUUGCCGCCUGUCAGAGUGAUAUCACCUGCGGCCCAUCUUGGACCCCACUCCUAAAAAAGACGGCCUGCAAACCUGGCUGCAAUACCUAUGGGCAGAUCUUUGCUAACGGGGCGGACCUUUGCCGCUCGGUUCUGGGCUACGCGCUGCCGGUGGCAGCUCCUGGCUCCGGUUACUGCCUCAACAUUUCCAUCUCGGUACUGCCGGAUCCCAAACACGGACGGAAAGCACGGGAAACAACCUCCCCGCGCUCCCACCGCCUUCGCACCUGGCUCCUAGAUGCGACGGGCAGCGGGAGUGGCAGCGGGAGCGGCAGCGGCCCCUAGAGGGCGCCUGGCCUCGAAGGAGAGAGACAUCCUUCCCGCAACCGGGCCCCUCGACCCGGAUCCCCACCCCUCUCCCUCUCUGCCUUCUAGUUUCCAGAGUCCUGGUCCUCCUCCGUGGGGCGCCAGAGAUUUGCCCCUCGCCAUAUUA